AUGUAUUUCUUAAUUUUAUUCCACGCUACACUGACACUUAAAGGAGAUACAUUUUGGACUACAAAACCCAUCACAACGCCGAAGCUGUACGUAUUGACGUCAAACCCGAGCGUCCUUAUAUACGUAACAUGCCCGGAUGUCGGUCUUUUUUUCAUAGCCAAGGUAGGAGACCCUUGCCUUCAUGCUACUGUAGUAAUCAAAUCUGUUUUCAUCUGCGUUACAGAUCAAAAUGACACUCACUAGACUUUAGGAGAUGAAUUAUUGUAUUUCAAAGAUGCGCUAAAUGUCCUUAUUACUUUGAACUGAUUACCUUGGUACUGUUUAAUGACCUGUUUGGUUGACGAGGCCGCCGGCUAGCCCUCCUGCUAUCGUUAGCUCGCUACAGGAUAGAAACACGUUGUCGCUCAUUUGGUGUUUGUGUAGUAAACGGAGAAAUUUACGCUGUCGCUUUCAUAAUUUCAAUCGCAUAAGACUAAAUUGACAUUUUGAGGACACAAAGGUCAACAUAUUAGCCAGAGUGCGACUGAGCUGUAGCCAUGAUACCAAAUGCUAGCAUAAGCUAACACCUGGUGAUGUGUCUGUUUGACGAGUAUAGUGAGUUUUGUGCAUUGUGGACAAUUUUAAGCCCAGUUCGUUAGUGGGAUCUGCUUAGGCAGCGUGCCAACUAAACAGAGACCACUUACAAGAUCCAGACUAAAGAUUUUAGUGACCGGACAUUCAGGUUGAAACUCAGGUCAGAGCAUCUAUCUGUAACAGAAGUUGAAUCUUCUGGGGCUGCAAAUGUUUUGGUUUCAAAUCCACAAAGAUUAAAGAUUGUAGAGUUUUGUGUGAUGACAUUGCAAGUAACACUGCUGCUAUUAAUACUAAUGUCUGUUCCAAUUUGUGUCAGAUGGCAGAGGGAGACAAGAAGCCCGAGAAGAAGCCUGACAAGAAGGUUGUCAAGAAGAAGCAUGGGAGCCGCAACCCAGUUCUGGCUCGGGGUAUCGGCCGCUACUCCCGGUCUGCAAUGCACGCUCGUAGGGCCAUGUACAAGCGCAAGAGCAAGACCACUGAGACCAAGGUGAGAGGAGAUCUGUCAUGUCACAUACACAAUUAUAGAGGGAGUUAUUAGUACAACACAGUUGAUGGCAUCAUCAUCAUCAUCAUCAUGCUUGCUGCUGUUUCAGGUGGAGAAGAAGAUGAAGGUGAAGCCCCAGUUCACAGUUGUCAAGACUGUUGGAGGAGAUAAAAAUGGAGGCACUCGUGUGGUCAAGCUGCGCAAGAUGGUGAGUAAUGCAGUAACCUUUUUAAUUCUUUUAGAUAUAAAGUUUCUCGUGCUUGUGAUGCAAAACUUGUUGCGGGCUCAAGAUUGAGUUGCUAUAGCUCAACUUAAAGUCUGUCAGCUGUCGUAGCUGUUAUAGCUUUUCAUGGAUGUAGUCGGAGAUUUUCAUUUAUUUCGUUGUAUCAUCUCAUGUAAACCUUCAAUAAUGUACUCUUCUGCUGUAGCCCCGCUACUACCCCACAGAGGAUGUUCCUCGCAAGCUGAAAAGCCAUGGGAAGAAACCUUUCAGCCAGCACAAGAGGAAACUGCGAGCCACCAUCACUCCAGGAACUGUCCUCAUUCUUCUCACCGGUCGCCAUCGUGGAAAGGUAAAAAACCAUGCGGAGACACUCAUCCAAGAAAAUCUGUGCUCUCAGUAAACAUUGGGGAAUCGUCAUUAGAAGCACUGCUUUUAGUGCUCUGGAUAAUUUAAGCUGCAUAAGUUAUACCCAUAAAUGUAGAAAUUUAAGUCAGACUUUGAUUAUAAGAGGCAACAUACUUCACUUGACAAUAAAAGAAGAUUUUAGAAGGAUGACAGCAAACAGCCAGACUUGAACUUGUGAGCCUGAAAAGAUGAUGAAGAGCCGCUAGACCUUCAAAUUGGGAUACACUAAAUUGAGUGCGUAAACAUUAACUUGAGUAUAAUAGUACUGAUCAGGGUUCGAGUGUCCCGAUAUUGUGUUUGAGCAGGUCAACAUAUCCUGAUUUAAAAAGGAAAAAAUUAGGAUAUGCAAGUAUCCUGGUUUUGCUACCUGUAGAAUUUCAAGAAACAUACUGUGAUAUGUAUAUACACCCCAUUCUGGUUUAUGACAGCUGAUGAGUUCCUGUGCAGGUGCAACACAGUGGAUAAAAACAUGGGAUCAGCCUGUCAUGCUCAAUAAAUCCUAAGGGGGGAAAACUGUCCGGUAUAUCCACAGCAACAGCCACUAUUGUCUCUGUCCGCAGUUUAUUUAAGUACAUAAACUAAUACAAUCUGGGCAAGUGACCUGACACCCCCCCAAUACAUCACUGAUAGUGUACUGGAGGGGGAUGUCUACUAUAUUCAUUCAAUAAGGAAAACUGGUGUUUCAAUCCAGAGGACAGACUUGGAGAAGGCUAACAGCGUGACCCGCGCUGUGGCUAUUUUAGUGCACUUGCUGAUAUAUUAUAGUACAUAAUGCCUCAACAUGCUAAAUAAGACAGGAGGAGAACCAGGCGAAGUUACAAGACAGUGUAGAUCUGUGUGUUGUUAACAUUGAUCUUUUUGUCUAUUUCCUUACUGUGAUCAGAGACUCAAGUUUGUGUUUGAGUCAUUUAGAACUGUGGAGCUCCUACAACAGGGAAAUUAAGCUUCAUACAGGCUGACCAAAGAUGUAUAUCAAAACAUCAAGUCAGUCUGUGGUGACCCGAUCUGCUCUGGGUGGGGAAGAGAAUGGAUAUAGUGAUCAGAAAUGAGAUGCUAGUAUUGAUCAUGUAAACGGAAACAUGAAUAACUUUAGUGCAAGUAAACAAAUCCUGAAUGUGCUAGAAACUGGGUUAAGGUUCAUUAAGGUACAUUAUUGAACAUUGAUUAUUGAAUUUUCCCUCUGGGAUAAAUAAAGUUCUUCUCUCAUAACUGUGAUAGUCAAGUCAUGUAAAUGUUGUCAUUGAUAGAGAAUCCCCUCUUGGAGAGCUGCAAUGCACUGUCAAAUGUUUAACUUGCAGGUUGACUGAGGAUAUAGCAUAAACUCUAAAAUUAAUCCAAAAAACUCAUGGCACAUAUGUCCUGUUCACACUUAAAGCAUGCCUGCCGUCACACACCUACACAUUUGAACAUCUUCCGUCAAUGACAUUUAGCCUACAAGAAAUGGAAACUGUGAUCCCACAUACAAGCCUGUACGUCUCUCUUGUAACUGCUUUUGAUUUUUUCAGUAACAGUGAUUAACAUGGAUCACCUCCAGCCUAGAUAAUAUAAUAAUAUAUCAGUUUAUUAAAAGGUUUUCAAUCUACCUUUGGAGUGUGAAUGAAGCUGCAGUGUUAAGACUAACGUUUUACUUGUUUGACUGAUGCUGACACCAGCAUAAACGUAACGCCCAGCAGUCGCACCAACCAGGGAUCCAGAUGCAAACAUGAUGUAAUGACACCUUUCUAAUUCAGAUUAGUCAACUGUUAUGCUAUAAACAGCACAAGUCACGUUUCAGGCCUUAACCUACUAAAAAGUCAAUCUAUAAAAAGUUUCUGCAGGUUUGAGGCCUUUUACAAAAGAACACAAGUUGAUGUCCAAUUAUGACCAAUUUUGAAGAAUAAGUCAUUCAUGAACAGCUGUGUGAACACUAACUACAGGUACUUUUAUGUAGAUCAGGGGUGAGAAAUCAUGUGCCAUGGAGGGUCGAGAGGCUGCAGGUUUUCUUUCCAACCCAAAACUCCACCAGGUGAUUUCACUGAUUAGUCCCUGCUCUCUGCUUGGAGGUAAGGUAAUCAGUGAAAUCACCUGGUGGAGUUUUGGGUUGGAAAGAAAACCUGCAGCCUCUCGGCUCUCCAUGGCACAUGAUUGCCCACCCCUGAUGUAGAUUGCUUCUGUACUUAAUAUGUGGCCAUUUUCAGAAUUAGAUGCUCACAAAGUAAAAAAUCAAACAGGAAAAUUUCAAAAUUUUCUCUAUUUCUUUAUAUCUAAAGUUUUUGGUCCAAGUCUCUCACAGUAAUUGGUUACUUAACAUUUAUAGUCUUGAUUUUAACUGGCAGUGAACUCAAAUCAGACAAAACUGCACCAUUUCUCUGUGCUUUGGUUCUAACACCUGGAGAUGUCUGAUUCUCAAAAUUAGCAACAAGUCUGAAGAAAGAUGAAGCCUGUGGCAUUAACUGAAAGAACCUUUAUCUGUGCAGCGCAUAUCACAGUUUGUAUUUUACAUUAUUUUUCCCCCUUUCAGUGUCGUUGAUGAGGCCCUUUUUUUGAAUUGGAAACAGUAGGAGAGAGAGAGCUGCUGUCUGUCAACACUGGUUUUAAUAGGAGUCAUGGAUCACAUUUUAUCAAAAGAUACCGACCAAAACAAUUGAAAUCAGUGGUGCAUCCUUAUUGUGCGUGAAAAUAACAAGCAGCUUGACACAUCACUAUAACCACACGCCCUCAGCACCACAGAUACUGUCCCUCCCUCCCACACUCAAUGCUACACGAGCAAGUUAUAGAAGCAGGCCCGGGUGCCCACACACUUUGAGUGGUGGCUGACCUAAAUAAUGUUUUUGCCAUCAAACGGACAGGUAAAAAGCCCUCUGGAUAAAGCAGGCAGUGUGUCAAGUCUAUGUUUUAGAUCUGUUUAAAGUUUUUUGUAUCUUUAUACUGUUUUAUACAGAGGGGUACUCUCCUUAUCUCCAAGGGAGUUUAUGUAUCACGUGGGUCCAAAGAAGAAGCUGGUUGCUGCAAAAUCUGUUCCACUCACCUCUGACCAAUGAUAUUUGUUUGUGCUUUUAGCGCGUGGUGUUCCUGAAGCAGCUCUCAAGUGGUCUCCUGCUUGUCACUGGUAAGGAUGUGUUUCUACCUCCUUAAUUUUAAAGUAAAUGUCUCCAUUAUUUGAAGAUGAAACUAACUGUAAAAUUCAUUUUUUAAUCUUGAUUUUCCACCCCUCGUAUUUGUAGGUCCUCUUGCCGUGAACAGAGUCCCCCUGCGCAGGGCUCACCAGAAGUUCGUCAUUGCGACCAACACCAAAGUCGACAUCUCUGGCGUCAAGAUCCCCAAAACUCUGAACGACGCUUACUUCAAGAAGAAGAAGCUCAGGAGACCCCGUCACCAGGAGGGAGAGAUCUUUGAUACAGAGAAAGAGGUGAACUUCUUGGAUAUUAAAAUACAUUUUUACCACUGUUGUGAGAUCUGCCUUAAUACGCCCCAAACCCUGGUUUAACGGCCUUCUUCUCUUCUGUCUACAGAAAUACCAGCUGACAGAGCAGAGGAAGAUGGACCAGAAGAAAAUAGAUGCCCAGCUUCUGCCCCUGAUCAAGAAAGUUCCCCAGAUGAAAGGGUACCUGCGCUCCUCCUUCUGCCUGUCUAAUGGAGUCUACCCACACAAGCUGGUUUUCUAA